AUGAUAUAUGAUGACGAUGAUGAUGGAAGGGGUUGGGAAAAGACGGGAAGGAUUAGGCCUAAAUUCGUGGGACCCGAAGAGGAAGAUAUACUGGAAGUGAACGCGACAUUACACUUACCGAACUUACCACCGCUUGUAUUAACCGAUGUCUUCGUUCUAGAGGAAUACACAGUUAUGAGAAACACUCUAAACUUGGUGACUCCUUUCCAAGCUGUGAAGGAACUGAAGUCAGUGUAUACAGUCGACAUCACAUUGGGAGAGAAGAUCAACGUCACCUGUCUCGUGUUAUUGUAUAAUGGAACUUAUUGGCAUGAGAUAUCAUACAAAAUAUUCUACGAGUACGAAUGCGGUGAGGAUGACACAUACCAAUCGUACGUAGCAUCCGUCGGUAUAGCGACGCCUUUGCCGGUCCUUCCCGCGCUAGAAGCGAGGGUUGCGGCGCGACUCGAAGACGCCUUGUGGAAAAUGAGCGCUGAUAUAGCCAUGCCUUCGUUUACUAUUACUGCUUUAGCUAGCUUAGAGUUGGACGAUCCCUUCGUGGAGACUUCAGGCAGUUUGAACUUAACAUCAGGAUAUUUAGAGGACUACUUCAUCAAGAUGCAGUUCAAAAAAGAUUUUUCGGAUGUGGAGAAUGUUGUCGGUGGCGGAAUUCAGAUACAACAGGGCGAUCAGAAUAAUUAUUUAUUCGCGGACGUAGUAUGGCAUCCAGCCCCCCACAGACACAUCCGCUUCAAGUCCCGAGGCGCGUUGGUCCCAGUACUCGCCCCUGCGGAACUCAGUCUGCUCUACAGUGAAGACGUAUCGCGAACUCUCUCCGUAGACUUUAGCAGUGAAGACUAUUACUACUCUUUGAAAGCAGAUCAGACGCAAACUUCUAUCAGCGCUGCGUUGAGUAGUCCACAUAAUGGAUUCAGAGCCAUCAAGAUUAUAGGUGAGUUCGAAGAGGACGAUAUUAGGGGAUCGUUUGUGACUGACACAACGGAGUACAGCAUCAAUGGGAAAGUACUGAACAGGACGCCUCUUGAAAUGGCACUAACACUAGUUCCAAAAGGUCAGGGCGACAAUAUAAACAUACGUAUCAAGUACGAGAAUACUCCCACAGUGUACACUCUGUCGGCGCACUUCGCCGGCCCAGUGGCCGCUACAUUACACGCCAAGGCGGAACUCGAGGGCAAUUUCACUGAUAUCAAUGUUAAAUUGGACAUCCCGAAAUCGAAAUAUAAGGAUAUAUAUUUCAAGUCCCGAGUGGACAACUAUCCCGGACUGCGCAAAGUCCUUAGCGUACAAGCCGCUACCCCACUCAACAGGAUACGAUACGUUAAGGGUGAUACUGAUUUCAUAUUCGGUCCCAAAACUGGUUACCUGCUCUGCAAGUACGAGCUGCCUGAUAUGAAAGGCGAAGGAGAUCUUAAGUGGAGCUUCCUUCUCGGAGAUCUGUUCAUAAAGGCCCUCGGUCACCAGCAUGUAAAGGAGAUAGAGAAGAGCGUGGACCUGGACAUCCACUUCGGUAACAGCACCACUCCGGAUAUGAUGAUGAAGACUGACGCCGGCUUCAGGAUGGACCUCGAUCAUGUUUGGGUAAUCGGCGCCAACACCACAUUCGGUCUUAUCCCGAACAAACAAAUCAAUCUGGUCAUAAAUGCAAUCCUUCCAAAACCCAACGUGGACGUACACACCCUGUAUAUAGACGUGGACGCCGGCUCCAACGAACAACCUUUGAAAACAUUGGAAGCUGAGUACAGGACUGAUGUCACCAAAAUCGUUACCGGAGUUAAGGGAGAUCUACUUUACUUACCGGAGAGUUUCGACACAAACUCCACGAUAACUUGGACGUCCGCUACUGGGUACAAACAUAUAGAUAAUAUAGUUAAAUAUAAGUGGGAUGUCAAUGGAUCCAAUCACGUUGACUACACCCUCACAUCACCUAUGUUCGACGACAAACCAACGCUGAAGGUCAAAGGGUCGUAUCAAAAGGAUUUGGUGCAUACAUACCAUAUUGUUAAGGGAGACAUGCACCAUCCAGGCGACAGUCAGAUAGGUGAGAUAGACCUACGGUACGGCGGUGUAAAACAUACAGACGGACACUUCAACUUUACCACACCAUUCAAACGGCUGCCCUGGCUCAAGUCUAUAUUUGACAUAAACAACUUAGAAGAGUCUUCAGAUAACAAAGUGAACCUAUUUUGGCCAAACAAAACAGCGUCAGUGAACACCACACACCGCUACCACAAACGAGACAAAGGCUUCACGCAAAACGGCGAAAUAUCACUUUCAGUUCCAUUGAGCCGUCAACACGUAGUCAACACAGAAUAUUACUACAUACAAGACGAUAAAACCAGCAAUGGAAACGCUACAAUUGAUUUUGACCAUGAAAGAUUCGUAAAAGGAUCCUUCGAUCAGAUUCUCAGCAAGAGCGAUAGGAAUUUAGACCUUGCUACCAUGAAUAUAGAGGUGGAAAACGUUCAUACGCCCGUCGGUAUUAAGUAUAUACACGAGUAUGACAAUACUGGAAAUAUUGACGUAAAACAAGCCACAGUAUUCCACCUGCACAACGCAACAAAAUUCAACGUUACCGGUAAACUAGACAUUUACACCUACGACAUCGGAAAAGAUCUGAAACUGACUGCCAUACAUGGGAACCGCACCUGGACCUUCGACAAUAAGUACGAGGCGGUUGACAAGGAGCUGAAGCAAGGUUCUAAGAUUAAAUGGGCAGAAGAUGUUUGGUUUAAUUACGAUUUACACGUCACUAAUAUGACAACGGACGAAACCGAAUCCCAACAGCUCGUAAUGAACGUAUGGUACCCCCUACGUACAUUCAAUUUGGUCGCAUUAUACAACUUGCAAGACACUCUACUCGACGGUUCGGCGAGAUUGCACUGGAACGUUAAGGAAGAGAAUAAGACGGCGGAAUUAAGAGGUCGCUGGGAGAACCCCCCGGUGCCUGAAGGGAACUUGCAUCAUGUGGACUUGUCGCUUGCUCAUCCUUCGUUUAGAAAGGACGUAACUCUGAAAGGCCAGUAUCUAUCAACGCCAUCUGUGAUGUCAAACAUCUCACUAGAACUACAAUACUCCGACUACGAAAACGAAUACCUACAACUAAAUUCAAUUUUAACGGACAAUUCGAACGGCCCAGUGAGAGAUUACAAAUUCGCAUUAAUAUGCAAACAUCCUUCAACCAAUUUGGACCUAGACAUGAAGUCAGAUAUUAAUAUACGGAGUCGCUGGUACUAUUUCAACAACUUCUACAGGUUCCAGAAAUCUCUAUUCUAUCAGAAACUAAGACAGAAUAUGUUUUUGAUUGACACCGCUAAUAGUGCGAUCCAUUGGGAGCGUGCCAACGAGACGUAUUUCUACAAAGUUAAUGGAACAUGGGAGCUAUUGUACCCAGACUAUACGUUGAAGACGUUCGUCAGUCGAUCCACUGGUAACGAUACGGGCACUGCGACGCUGUCUAUGAAGAAUAAAUCGUUUGUUGCACAUUAUAAUAGUACUGAUGACAUCUCCUACCACAUGGUAGGUCAAAUCGUCGACACUAGAUACGCCAAAUUCGAUUCAUGGCGUAAUUUCGAUGACGUCGUUACAGUCGACCUUGCCUCCUACAUCCGUCUGAACCACUCCCGACUCCUUACCAGCUCAAUAAAAUGGCGCCCGCAAAUUUUCACCGAAGUCAAAUCCCAAGCUGUGUCCACGCUCAAACUUCUGUAUAGCCAAGUCAACGACACUCUUAUCAUCAUGAAAGAAAUGCCAAUGGAAGCCCACUUGGCCCUCAAGAACAUUUGGACCGACGCCAAACCCAGAAUCCGAGACUUUUUGGACGACCUAAAUGACCUUCACGUUAUAAAGGACGAUUUGGACGAAUUCGAGCGGUUUUUGAACCAAUCUUAUAGCCAAAAUGACUUUUAUGUGAAGGAUAUUGUCGAGUUUACUUAUUACGUGUUAGAUGAAAUGGCUAUUAGGAACCAUUUGGAGAGUUUGCCGGGGAUUGUGAAUGAUAUGUGGGGUAUGAUGGGUAACACAAGCCAGUCUAUAAAGCAGAGUUUGACUUACAUAGUGGAUUCGAUCAAGAAGGCCUAUGCGAACUUUUUGGAGUCCGUCAAUAAGGUUCUGGAAGCUGAUUUCAUGGAGUUGGUAUCGGAUAGGUUGGAAGCAAUGAUUCUGCAGUACGAUACCUUUAUCAGGGAUCUGCAUAUGAAGUUUUUGGAGUACUGGGAGGAAACUUGGGUCAAUGCGACCAAUAGGCUUUCCAAAUACUGGCACGAGGUCCUUAAGUCUAUCGAGCCAUUGUUCUUCAAGGUGUUGCACUACAGUGAGUCGUUUGUCUUCGCUGUGGGCAAGAACGUUAUGGAUUUCUUCUACAACAGGACCCAAGAGCUGACUGAUUCGCCAUAUUUCAACUAUGUAUCGACAUUCGGACAUGAGAUGGAUCGCAUCUACAAGGACCUUAUGAACAACGAUUUGAUAACCAAUAUAAAGAAAUACAGCAAAAAGCUCUUCAACUUCGUUUGGGCUAAGAUAGAGAAGUAUAUUCCAUUCAAGGAUGAAUUCACACAACUGUACGCGGAGUUCAGAAACGCAUGGGAGAACUUCUUGAAGACCAAGCAAGUUGUCUACGUCAGAGAGAAGUACCAAGAAGCGUACGUGCGCCUGAAGUGGUGGUACGACUACUUCCUAAUCGGCGAGGCUCUGGAAACAGUCGGCGAGAUACUAUACGCCAAGCUUACUGAUAUGUCCAAGACCGCGCUGCAGUAUGAAGAGCUACAUCGUACACCAAAAACAAACUUCAUAUUCGAUCCCCGAGUCGGUGCUAUACUUCUAGAACAGAAGUUACCAAUGUCAUGGCACGCGUUCAAUCGUACUCCAGACUUCACUGAAAUAUCUGAAUACCGAGCCGUUAAGGACUUUAUGGACGAAUGGCUGACCACCAACAAGAGUAUAUGGUCAUUCUACUAUGACAUCAGACCUUAUAUGGACUUUGAUAACUUAAUGCCGCCUUUUGCUGGUAUGGCAAUGAUGACGGGCCAAGGUACUCUAGUAACGUUCGACAAGCGAGUCUUCACGAUAUCUGAGGCGGGAACGUUCCUUCUAACGCGAGACUACAGGCAGGACAACUUCACUGUUUUAAUGGAGAGCAACGACCAAGGACGCUAUAACUUACUGCUCUUGACUAGGCGGAGUUUAAUACAUAUCGAUUUGUAUAAGGAGGAAGUAUCAAUGGGUCAAUCAGUACUAAGUUUACCAGCCUACGUGGACGGCGUUAUAGUGGACAGACAGAUAGACUCUCUCUUCGUGCAAGGAUACAAUGGACUCGACAUACAGUGCAACCUCGUCUUCCAUACUUGCAAACUGCAGGUUUCAGGUUGGUUCUACGCAACCCUCGGUGGCCUACUCGGGACAUACAACAACGAACAGUAUGAUGACCUUCUACUACCCAACAACACGUUCACGACCUCAAUCCCAACACUAGGCCACAGCUGGAACAUUGUGCCCAGCGCCAAUCCCACCAACAUUGAAAACAAAGACUUGAAGAAUGAUACACAGUGCGAGAAGUUCUUCCAGAAUAAAGUAUCGCCACUCAAUCCGUGCUUCUCUGUGAUUCCGUCUCUCCCGCUAUACAGCGAGUGUUUGUCGGGCGGCGACGCGUGCGCACUGGCCAGCGCGUACAAGGAACUCUGUCUGCACGAACACGUGCCCACGCAUAUGCCUGAUCAUUGCCAUCAAUGUACGACCCCACAAGGCGAUGUUAUCGAAGAAGGUGCCUUCCAUAUACUUCAAUAUAUACCGAACUCGACCGACGUGGUGUUUAUAGUGGAGGCCCAGUAUUGUAACAAGAAUCUGCGCAAGAGCAAGAAUAUGGAUCUAUUCGUUGAAGCCUUCGAUAUUAAGCUGCAAGCCAAUGGGUACUCCGAUAAUAGAUACGCGAUUGUAGGUUUCGGCGGUAGCGGCGUGUACCGCCGUCCUCGGGCUCUGUACGUCAACAACAAAGUGUUUACCAACCCUAUCGAGGUUUCACUGCAUCUAGACAACUUUAUUAUUGACAAAGCGGACUUGGUUCGCGGUAAUCGCACUAGAAAAGCGGACAUGUUCGCUGCACUAAGCUUCGCCACUCAGCUUCCGUUCCGCGCCGCUGUACCGAAGACAUUUAUACUGAUGCCCUGCUCCAAGUGUGAUUCUACAUUUAUGAGGCUGGACUACUCGACGAUUUACCACAACCUGAUGGAGAGCUCGGUGACCCUCCACAUACUCAUGGACGAUGAUUUCAUGCUGUCCAAGAAGAGGGCGGCUAAGUACUUGUUCGGUGUGGACAAUACUCUAGCGUACACGAACAAAGAUUACGAGCGGCUAGUAGGCGACUCCGCGCUAAGGAAGCAAGUCAAGCUACCCAAGGAGAAGCUUGGACUGUGCACCUCACUCGCUAUGGAGACUAAUGGUACAAUAUUCGCGGGCGCGAAGCUACAAGGCGACCGUCCGACGGCGCGCCGGUUCAGCAGCGUACUGGGCGCGCGCGCCGCCGCGGCCGCCCCGCGCUGCGGCGCCGCGCCGCGCUGCGAGUGCAGCGACGGCAGGCUGCUCUGCAGGCCCUGCGCAGACACGCAGCGACUCUUGGAGUUAUCAUUCUUCAAUUCCGAUGACAUCGAUGAGCUGAUCGACAUGGCGAUGGAACCCCCCACGCUACCUUCCUUCAGAUGAUAAGUAGCAUAGCACUAUAGAAUAAUAUC